UUUUUAUUCUAUUCUCUGCAUUUGUGCUUUUCAAAUUGAAAAAUAUUUUUAGAUAAUCAUUGAACUUCAUCUUUAAACAUUCACUAACUUUUAUUAUUCAUAACUUCGGUAAGUCCUGAAAAAUUCUUGGAAUUAUUCAUGGAAAAUGGUGGAUUUGAAAAUCCAAAAUGUAGCAGAAUACCCUGCACAUACUUAUGCUUCUUAUUCUAUUGAAAAGGUGGAGAAAUGGGACGAUUGUCUAAGGUAGAAAAGAAGAAGAGAGGAUGGAAGCAAGAUUUAGAAACUCAAAAAACAAGGCAUCGAUUUGCAGAUACUAAAUACAGAUCGAAGGUGCAAUUUUUAUUUGAAAAAGUAGAAGAAUUAGUGAAUAAUAAUAAAUCGGUGAAAACUAAGAAGGACAAAUUGCUACUCAAUUCAAUAGAAUGCAUUGUAUCUUUGGAAAAGGACAUAGUGGCAAUUGCAGGGGAACAAACUAUGAGAAAAUGGAAGCAAGAGUUUUUGGAAUUUCUUAUCCAUGAACAAGCUUUUUGGAAGAAAGAAAAGGAUCUAUCCAAAUGGUGGUCAAGAAUCCAGAUUAUAUUUUCAUGUGAGUAUUUUAUUUCUGUUUAUGACUUAAGUUUGUAAUAUUGAUCUAAUGAUUUAUAUCUCAUUUAAUUUUCACUUUAAUCAUAAUCAUAAU